AUGUCUAAGAGAAACAAUGAUGAAGGGGGCUCAGAAGAACCCCCAAUGAAAAAAGUUCAGUUUGAGCCUGUUAGACUUGGACCUAUUUCUACCAUGGAAGAUUUGGAUAUGAAAGUACUACAAUACCAAAAUAAAAAACUAGCACAGAGAUUAGAACAAAGAAAUAGACUGGAAGCAGAACUAAGAAAUAGAAUAGAACAGUUAGAAAAACGACAAACGCAAGAUGAUUCUGUUUUAAAUGUUGUAAAUCGUUAUUGGAAUCAAUUAAAUGAAGAUAUUCGUGUACUAUUACAAAGGUUUGAUGCUGAAACAGCUGAUGAAUUAGAGAGCAAAAAUGAAAGUGAAGCUACAACUUCAUUCUUAGUACAAUUAUCAACAUGGGAUAAGGAAGAAUUAGAUGAAAAAUUAGCUAAUCGAGUACAAGUAUCAAAACGAGCAGUGGCAAAAGUUAUACAAGCUUUUGAUAGACUCAUGCAAAGGAAUGAAAAAAUUACACUUGCUCUAAAAGGAGAAUUAGAAGGAGAAGAAGCUCCUAAUAUGGAUGAAACUGUUCGUCAAGCAAAUAGUGAACUUCAAGCUGAGAAUCAGAAGUUGCAAACAUUAAAUACCUCUUUACAUAAAAAGUAUCAUACAAUGUCAUUGAAGUUGGCAGGCUUACAAGACAAUGUAAACUGCAAAGAAACAGAAGUUGCUGAAAUGCGAAAUCAGAUUGAAGAGUUGCAAUAUGAAUAUCAAAAAAUUCUUGAUCGAAAUUAUAAAUUGGAAACACAUUUAGCAGAUUCAAGAGAUAAGUUAAAAGGAUUGGAAGCAAUGCAAAUUGAUGACAGAGUUAUUUCGAAACCAGAUACAUCAAUUGCACAAUCAAGUGUAUCACUACAAAAGGUAGAAGAAUUUCAAAAAGAAAAUGAAGAACUAAGAGAGUUGAAUAAUAACAGACUCCAAGAACUUGAUAAGUUACAUCAACAACAUAGGGAGGCUUUAAUGGAAGUAGAAAGAUUAAGAAUGGAUCUAAGGCAACUUCCUGAAAACGUAAUCAUUGACACAACAGAAUAUAAAUGUAUCCAAUCACAUUUUUCUGUGUUGUACAGUGAAUUUAUGUUAAUGAGAAAUCAACUACUUGAAUCAACUGGUUUGCUUCAAAACAGUAAAAAUACUCAUUUGCGCCAAAUGGAAGUGAUGGAGAGUGAUGAAUUAUCAGCUCAAAAGAAAUUACGUUCAGAAUUGAUGAAUUCUGAAGAUGUCAAUGCUCAAUUGCGUAAAGAAUAUGAAAUGUUACGUAUUGAAUUUGAACAGAAUUUAGCUGCUAAUGAACAAACUGGACCCAUAAAUCGAGAAAUGAGACAUUUACUUUCAUCAUUACAAAAUCAUAAUAAUCAGCUUAAGGGUGAAUUGCAUAGAUAUAAGCGUAAAUAUAAAGAUGCCAAUGCAGAAGUACCAAAGUUAAAGAAAGAACUUGAAGACAUUAAAUUAAAGUUAGGUCAACAAAUUACAACCCCUGUCCUAGAUUCAAAAGAAGGAUUAUUAGAAUCUUGCAAAGAAGAUGAAUGUGGAGUAAAUGAAAAUAUUAAAGAAGAAUUUUCAUUAUCUCAAGUUAUUAUGAAGAAAGAAGAAGAUUUAGAAGGUAUAUCUCAGUUAAUGGAUGAAAAUGUUCAAAUCGAUGAAAAAAUUGAUAUCAAAAAUGUUAAAAAAGAACAGAUAAGAGACGGACAACAAACACCUAAUAAAACAUCAACGGGUCCAGCAACUACUCCAGAUCAAAAGCCUGUCAACCAAAAAGACGUUGUUAGGAAUUGGGAAAGUGAAGCACUCAGAGAUUUGAAAUCUCAACUUAAAAAAUCUGUAAAUGAUCAAAAAGAAAUGAAAUUAUUAUUAGACAUGUAUAAAGGAGUUAGUAAAGACCAAAGAGAUAAAGUUCAAUUAAUGGCAGCUGAAAAAAAACUUCGAGCAGAACUUGAAGAAGCAAAGCAGGCCUUAAAAAAAAUACAAGAAGGCAAACGCGAAGAACGCAAGAAACUAGCUGAUGAAGAUGCCUUACGAAAAAUCAAACAAUUGGAAGAACAUAUUGUUCAACUCCAAAAACAAGUUGCUACUCAUAAACAAGAAGAAGAAGCGAUGCUAAGUGAAAUGGAAGUGACAGGUCAAGCAUUUGAAGAUAUGCAAGAACAAAAUCUAGAUUAA